CAUGUUUAAUUUAUGCUGUUAAUUUUUAUCUGUUUCUGGAUUUAAAUUUGUGUUCUUGAAGCGCAUAAUUGUCGGGGAUAACUUUUAUAGUUGUGGGUUUUUGGGAUAUCGACUUGAUGGGGUUAGAGUACUUCUGGGAAUUUGUUUCGAUUUUAGUCUUGUAAAGUCAAAAGGGAUACAUUUAAUAUUGGAGGAAUAUAGAGCUAUGGAGUUUAAAGGUAUAGCCUGGGCGGGAAACUUAUACGAGAGGUUUGAGGCUAUGUGUUUGGAGGUUGAAGAUGUACUUGCAUCUGAGGAUGCAGUCAAGUACAUGGAAAAUCAAGUGCAGAAAGUCGGAGUUAGUGUAAAGAAAUUCUAUUCUGAUGUGGUGCAAGACUUUCUUCCGACAUCUUGCAUAAAUCCCAUAAAAGUAGCUGCUCCAGAGUUGCUCUGGAGCCCUGAUGAUCGUGCUGACAACAAUAAGAAGCCCAAGUUGUGCAUAAACGAGGCUCAGGGAGGAGAAGUGAAGAACGAAAAAAGUUUAAAUGAUGAUACAAUCUCUCAAUUUCCUCAGUCUUGUCGAGUUAUUGUUGAAACUACAAACCCCGGGCUGUCUUCUGCUAGAAGCAAGAAAUUGGGAGCGUGCAAACGUUCUGUCGGCAUCAAAAGAAUUUCUCAGACUCGUCACCCUUUGAGAAAAUCUGAUCCCGCCAGUUGUUUGUGCGCUGUGCAUGAUGUAAGAAAGGGUUGUUCGUUUUCCUCUAGUGAAACGAAUGUAACAGAGUUCUCAGAGACCUCUCCCAAACACAGUCCUGAAGAAGCCGAAGCUGAAAUGGCUUCCUCUGCUUCUGACAAAGUUUUAUCAGUUGAAUCUCCGAGGCAAGAAGAAGAUAAUGCUGACUGCACCUCGUCCUCUCAUGGUUUGCCCGAAGAACCUAUUGGAACAUCUGUGAAAGAAACUUCAUUGUCUAACUCAGGCUUGAGCGUUGCGAGUAAUGCAUCUGAUUUUUCGUCUGCUACGUCUGAUGAAGCUACAUUAGUGCAAGAUGAUGGCACAAUUAGUCAAACAAAUUUUAACAUUAUCGACCACAAAUCAUUUGUCCGCUACGAAGAGUACUUUGAAAUGGAAGUAAGAUUCGAUGAGGAGUUUGAAAUUUCGAAGUCCGAUGAUGAUGAUGAUACCUGUGUCUUGGUGGAAGAUGAUUUAUUAGUUUCUGAAGAGACCGACAAACAUAAGUCCUACAAGAAAAAGCUUCGAGAAGCUCUAUCUGCGAAAUUGAGGCCUUGGAGGAACCAAACUCAACCAAUUUCUCGAAACACAGAUUUAGAUGAAAAGAAGAUUAAUGAAGAUGCGACUAUUCCAGAUGUUACAUCGAAUUCCGGAAGCGCAGAAGGCCGAGAUUCAUUUGGAGCCGAUUGGGAGCUGAUCUAAAACAAUUCAACUUCACUCUUGAUGAGCUUAUUAGCAAUAAUGGUAUGCUGUUCUAUGCACUCUCCUUAACUUAAACUUAAUUUUACUAAGCAAAGAUGAGAUUUUUGUUUGCUUGUUAUUGGUAUUUGAAUGACUACUUAUAUAUAUAUAUAUAUAUAUGUAUAUGAGCUAGAGCCAGGCUCCUAUGGCGGACUGGGAAAUGUUGAUAUAUUUAUUUUGCUUUUGUUUU